AUGGAGCCCAGUGUCCUGUUCCUCCUUGCUCUUCUCGUGGGCUUCUUGCUACUCCUGGUCAGGGGCCAUCCAAAGGUCCAUGGCCACCUUCCACCAGGACCCCGUCCCCUGCCCCUCUUGGGAAACCUGCUACAGAUGGACAGAGGAGGCCUCCUCAACUCCUUUAUUCAGCUUCAAGAAAAAUAUGGAGACGUGUUCACAGUGCACCUGGGACCGAGGCCCGUGGUCAUGUUGUGUGGGACAGAGGCCAUAAGGGAGGCUCUGGUGGACCAAGCUGAGGCUUUCUCUGGCCGGGGGACAGUUGCUGUGCUUGAGCCAAUUGUACAGGGAUAUGGUGUGAUAUUUUCCAGUGGCGAACGCUGGAAGACCCUUAGGCGAUUCUCUCUGGCCACCAUGAAGGAUUUUGGAAUGGGCAAGCGGAGUGUGGAGGAGAGGAUUCAGGAGGAGGCCCGAUGUCUGGUGGAGGAGCUGCGGAAAUCCCAGGGAGCCCCCCUGGACCCUACCUUCAUCUUCCAGUCCAUCACAGCCAACAUCAUCUGCUCCAUUGUCUUUGGAGAGCGCUUUGACUACAAAGAUCGCCAGUUCCUGCACCUGUUGGAGCUGAUUUAUAAGACCAUCUCGCUUAUCAGCUCAUUCUCCAGCCAGGUGUUUGAGCUCUAUUCAGGUUUCCUGAAGUUUUUUCCUGGUACCCACAGACAAAUCUACAAAAUCCUGCAGGAGAUCCUUGACUACAUUGGUCACAGUGUGGAGAAGCACCAGGAAACCUUGGACCCCAACAAUCCAAGAGACUUUAUUGAUACCUACCUUCUACGCAUGGAGAAGGAGAAGUCCAACCAACACACGGAGUUCCAUCACCAGAACCUCAUCAUCUCCGUGCUGUCUCUCUUCUUUGCUGGCACCGAGACCAGCAGCACCACGCUCCGCUUUGGCUUCCUGCUCCUGCUAAAAUACCCCCAUGUAGCAGAGAAAGUCCAAAAGGAGAUCGAUCAGGUGAUCGGCUCACACCGCCCACCAACUCUUGAUGACCGCACCAAAAUGCCUUUCACUGAGGCUGUCAUUCGAGAGAUCCAGAGAUUUGCAGAUAUUACCCCGAUUGGUUUGCCGCACAAAGUCACCAAAGACACUUUGCUCCGAGGGUACCUGCUCCCCAAGAACACUGAAGUGUACCCCAUCCUGAGUUCAGCUCUCCAUGACCCACGGUACUUUGAACAACCAGAUGCCUUCAAUCCUGACCACUUCCUGGAUGUCAAUGGGGAUCUGAAGAAAAAUGAAGCUUUUAUGCCCUUCUCUAUAGGAAAGCGCAUUUGUCUUGGCGAAGGCAUUGCCCGCAACGAAUUGUUCCUUUUCUUCACCACCAUCCUCCAGAACUUCUCUGUGUCCAGUCCGGUGGCUCCUGAGGACAUUGACCUCAGGCCCAAGGAGAGUGGCUUGACCAAAGUGGCUCCAACAUACCAGAUCCAGUUCUUGGCCCGCUGACUGGGCUGAGGUGGCCAUGUGUCCCCACUCCUGUCGAGAAUGGCCCCAUCUUUCUGCCUCUGAGACCUGCUGCCAACCAGGCCGUAGGUCACUGCUCAAACCUUUCCACCUUACUUCAGCUUCUAUAAAGCUCUGAGGUGUGUUCUUCUGCCCUGAGAAUGGCACUGGGGAAAUCACUCAGUGUCUUUCUUGAUGUGUAAACCGAGACUUCAAGAGGCCACAUCUCAUGCUGUGUCAGUUCUCUAUUGUGCCGAGCAACCAGUUUCCAUGUAGAAAUGUCUGGUGCUCAUGAAACAUUCUAAUGAAUGCCAGAGGUCGUGUCAGAGGAGGAGCAGGUGGAAACUGAAGUUCAAAGUGUCAGCUCACCAGGAGGAAAACUCUCUGAUGGGUUAAUCUUGUUUUAUGUAAGACUAUGAGAACACAGACUCUGCAAUAUCUUUUGAUUCUACUUUGUUUUUACAUGUUUAUUGCUACACUCUUUCCCUGGUAUCUGGCUUGGUGUGAGUAGAUGUGGGGAGACCCUGCUACUUGUAACAUAGUGUGUUUCUCUCAUGAAAACAGCCUGUUCUACUGGGCAUUUUACUCUGUGAAUUGUCAAGAAGAUGAU